AGUGCGGACGGCGUUCCUGGAGAGUUCACAAGGCGGUCAUUUGCCCGCAGUCUAAAUUCUUUGACAAGGCCUGCGAUGGAGGGUUCAAGGAAGCGCAAAGUAACAUCAUCACGCUCGACGAUGACCCAAAUACCAUAGCAGUCUUGAUGCACUACUUCUACCAUUUCGAAUACAACGUCGAAGAUUAUGCGCUCGGCGUCGCACCUUUGGUGCUGGCUCUACGCGUCUUCGCCGUCGCCGACAAGUACUUUGUCGAGCCACUACAGCAAAUGGCAUUGAACGACAUCAGCGAGCGAGUAGGUGGCGAGUGCGACACCCCGUCCUUCUCACAAGGCAUCCGCGAGCUCUAUACUAUGAGUCCGAUACACGUGGAGGCGUUGAAGGACAAUUUCCUAGACAUCGCUCGUCAGUCUCCGGAUCUCUUUGUCCAGAAGGACAAAUACCCCGAAUUCCAGACCGCCCUCGAAACUGUUCCGCAGUUCGCAAUCGACGUGGCAAUCGACAGUUAGUGUUGAAGUCGGUUGAGGAUCUGUCGUGGUAUUCUUGCGCAGGCCCGGAUUGUCAUGAACUGGGACUCAAGUUCGCAUUGAAUCAACGGCCAGAGUCUGACUGGGAAUGGUUCUGUCCGUGCGGAUGCGAAACGGACACUGGCGACGCUCCCGAAGUUCUUGAGGAUGGCGAUCUACUUGAUCCACUCGAGAAAAGGAGUGACUAGAUUGCAUCGGGGUUGCAAUUGAAUGAGCAUUCCGCGUUUUGCAUGCACAGCGAUCAUGCGAUCCGAAGAAGAUACUCAGCCUUGCCGUAGUUGCUGUACUGCUCCGCGCAUCUCACAGACCAGAAACCCACGAUGCACCCCACC